AAAAAUUGAUUUUUUCUCAGACAUAAUUGAAAUGAAAUUUACGUUAGCGGUUCAGACCUCCGUGCCACUGUAGUGAGUAAAACCUCCAGAGGUGUCAGCAAUGGCGCUUAAAACCCUCUCCACUUUUAUAUCACCCUUCUCCCUCCCUCACCGAUUAACGGAUCUUAACUCUAAGCCCUCCAAAAGUUACAGGAGGCCGAGCCUCGUCCUCUGCCAAAGCAUACAGUCACAAACCCCAGUCUCAGACCCCCGACAUCCGAUUUCGAAACUCGAACCAGAUGGAACAGGCGCUGCUGCUCCGACUCGAGGAGAGCGGUUCCUCGAGCGCCAGCAGGUAGAAGAAGCUGCCAAUCUAGUGAUUAGAGAGGUUAAGAAGGAGAAAAGGAAGAAAAAGAGAGAGAAGUUGUUGAAGCUUACAACUGCUGUGGCUUCUUGUUAUGGGUGUGGGGCUCCAUUGCAGACUUCGGAGUCGGAUGCUCCUGGUUAUGUGGACCCGGAUACUUAUGAACUGAAGAAGAAACAUCACCAGCUUAGAACCAUUAUUUGUGGGAGGUGUAGGCUUUUAUCUCAUGGACAUAUGGUAACUGCUGUUGGGGGAAAUGGAGGUUAUCCUGGUGGGAAGCAGUUUGUGUCAGCUGACGAGCUUAGAGAGAAACUGUCUCACUUGCGCUAUGAGAAAGCGUUAAUCAUUAAAUUGGUUGACAUAGUCGACUUCAAUGGUAGCUUUUUGGCUCGUGUCCGUGAUCUUGCUGGUGCAAAUCCAAUCAUAUUAGUUAUAACUAAGGUUGAUCUCCUUCCAAGAGGAACUGAUCUUAAUUGUGUUGGUGAUUGGGUUGUGGAGGCAACAACAAAGAAGAAGCUUAACGUCUUGAGUGUCCAUCUCACCAGUUCAAAGUCUUUGGUAGGAAUUGCUGCGGUUGCAUCAGAAAUCCAAAAAGAGAAAAAGGGGCGGGAUGUUUAUAUUCUGGGUUCAGCUAAUGUUGGGAAAUCUGCAUUUAUCAAUGCUUUAUUGAAAACAAUGGCGCAAAAGGAUCCGGCUGCUGCUGCAGCACAAAAGUAUAAGCCCAUACAAUCUGCUGUUCCUGGAACUACCUUAGGCCCAAUUCAAAUUGAUGCUUUUCUUGGAGGAGGGAAGUUAUAUGACACUCCAGGUGUUCAUCUACACCACAGGCAAACAGCAGUUGUACAUGCAGAAGAUUUACCUGACCUUGCUCCUCAAUCUCGGCUUAGGGGUCAAUCCUUUCCUAACUUUCAAGCGUCCUCAGAAGAUGAAAUUGCUGACAAGUUCAAAUCCAAUGGCUUGAAUGGUUUUUCGAUAUUCUGGGGUGGCCUUGUGAGGAUUGAUGUCUUAAAGGUCCUCCCAGAAACAUGUUUAACAUUUUAUGGACCCAAGGCUUUGAAGAUUCAUGUAGUGCCAACUGAUGAAGCAGAUGAGUUUUACCAGAAAGAACUUGGAGUUCUAUUGACACCUCCAACUGGAAAACAGAAAGCAGAAGAUUGGAGAGGGCUGGAAACAGAACGUAGUCUUCAAAUAGAAUUUGAACAUGCAUCAAGGCCUGCUAAGGAUGUGGCUAUUUCUGGUCUGGGAUGGAUUUCUGUUGAACCUACUCAUAGGUCAUGUACUUUGAAUAGAAAUUUGGAAGAAACUGACGAAAAACUGCAGCUAGCUGUUCGUGUUCCCAAGCCAGUGGAGAUUUUUGUCCGCCAACCAUUGCCUGUGGGUAAGGCUGGAGCUGAGUGGUAUCAGUAUCGAGAAUUGACAGAGAAGGAAGAGGAAGUUAGACCAAAAUGGUAUUUAUAACCCAUAAGUUUCCUGCUUCCCUUGUGGUUAUAAUUACAACAGCUUUGUAACUUAAGCAAUUAAGGAAAAGAAUAAAGAUCAUUCUGAUUUGGAAAGAAAUUAA